AUGGGCAAGUCGAACCCGCGACGCCGCAACAAGGCGUCCGCCAAGAACCGCGGAAAAUGUCCCCAUGAUUGCACAGAGGUAGAAGAGGACGUCGUGGGUCACGUUGUCCGGACACCGGCGCAGUCGCCCCACGCAUUCACCCCGCUCUGCGUGCAGCAACUGCGGGAGUCGCGAGAGUACGCUGUGCUGGAGGACGCGUGCAGCGACAUCGCCCAUUUCGCGCUGCAGCUGCGGCACAACAAUGACUUCUUGCGUGACGCCGUGCCGCAGCGCCUCGCACAGCUGCUCAUCUUCACCCCUCCAUAUGAGCUACCGCUGGUGGCACCGUCAACAUCGUCGGCUGCCGCAACAGCGGGGGAGGAGGAGCCGCAACCGCACAAGGGCAUCCUGCACAUGCAGAUCGCGGCGGCAGAGGCGCUGCGCGCGCUUCUUGUAAACAGUGAGCAGGACCGCGUCAUCGAUGCACUCACGAGCGCUGGCGUGAACGCGGCAUCAGGGGGUCGUUUCGCGGAAGGGCUGGCAUGCCUCGUGCAGGCGGGCUGGCAGCGUGUGCAGCAGGCCCGCCGACGCACCGCGCCCGAGGAUUGGAUGGACGUCUACCGUGAAGAAGGUGGUGGCGGUGGUGGUGAUGAGGCCGCCGUGGAGGGUGAGACCGAACCUGCUGCCGAGGCGAACGCGCGUCAGCGCCGCUGCCAUCGCCAGUCCGGGCUCACGCAGAACCUGUAUUACAUCCUCCUGCGCCACCUGGAGGAGGUACUAGCGCUCGCCAGCGUGUGUGUGGAGGCGAGUGAGGCGUGCGCGCAAGCGUUUUCCACCACGCCGACACUCCUGCUGCUGCUCGACGUGCUGCGCGUGGCGAUCACGACAACGUGGGAGACGCUCCUGCACCCGUCCGCCAACUACUACGCUGAUGAAGCGCAGGUGCCUGUGGCUAGCGAGACGGUGCUUGCCAUUCGCGCCUUCAAGCGGCGGGAGGCCGGCCUGCUCGCCUCGCUGGCGGUCAGCACAGCAGACUUGUUGCUCCUGCUCAGCCCCGAGAACCAGUCGCUGGCGCAGGUGUUCACCGGGUCUAGCGGAGGCAACGGUGCAGCGGUGACCGCCUCCUCAUCCUCGUCUCCAUCUGCAGCCGGCAGCAGCGCCGCCAUGACGGCAGAGCAGACGGCGUUCUUGAACACCGCAGUCGACGCCGUCGACCUGCGCGCCUGGCUUGCGGAGAAGCCGGCAGUCGAAGUGCAGCUGCAGGAGCGCUUCUCCGACACCUCCCUGCCCAGCUUCCUCGGUGCACAGCACACAGCUGUGGCGAUGGAGCGAGAGCGCGUCUUGCACGACCUUCUUCGCGCGACCCUCUCGAUCCAGGGCAUGCUCCUGCACAUUGCACCGGUUGCAGAGAACCUGCAGCGCGUCCUGCCGCUGCUAGAUGACACCCUGCACAAGGUGUCACUGCCAAUGCACGUGUGGUGCGGUGUGCUCCCGCUUCUCAUGGGAACAUGCAAGUGCGCCGACGACGACACGCGAGCGGCGGCAACGACGCUGACCACGCACCGGCUGCGCAGCACUCAAGCGGCGGUCCGCCUGCUGCACGUGAUGGUGAACGCUGUGGGGGAGAAGAACGACACGGACCGGCAUGAGGACGACGAGGCCGCGUUCGCCGCCAACCCGCUGGCCAAGCUUCUGCAGUCCGGAAGCCUUUUCUACGCCUUCGGCCUCCUGCUAAAGGAUGUGCUCUGGAUGUCCCCGAACAGCGACUCUAGCGGUAACGCAGCCACCGUGGCGGACCCCACUCACCCGACCGCGACACGUGCCGUCAUGGCUUGGCAGACCCAACAGCGUGCCCUGCGCGCGGAGGCGAGCUGUAAUGCCGCGGCGACGGAGGUGCAGAUGGUGCUGCUCGCCACGGAGGUGAACGUGUGGGAGGUGGCAAGCACGCUGCUGCUGAUGCUCCCCGUGGCGAGCCUGGGCGAGCCCGCGCUGACGUGGCGGGCACUCACGCAGGCCGUGCUGAGUCGCUAUCAGCUUCAUCUGGACGCCGCAGCCGUGGAGGCGGCGGAGGGCGAGGGGCGCGGCGCACAUGCGAACAUUCUGCAGCACUCCGCCCGCACGCAUCAACUUCUCUGGAUGCAGCUUGAGUCGCUGGGGCAGAUGCUCUGGACGAUACAGCGCAAGCAGAGCAAGGCAAGCGGUGGCAGCGCAGCCGUGACAGCCUGCAACCACGUCCAGGCAACAUCCGCGGAUGUCGACCUUCUCAUCCGUGUCUCCUGGGAGGCGUCGGCAAGCACGCCGCUGAAGCAGUCGUGCGUCGGCACUGUUGGACUGCUGUGCGCGUCCAUGCAAGAUGAGGAGGCCGUGGCGACGGCGGCGCGCUUUGCCUUGGCAGUGGUCGCCAACGGCGGACCAGCUGCGACGUCCUGCGGGAAGAAGCUCCUCGACGUGUACGCGCAACUUUCGCCAGCCAAACCUCCCACCUACCCCGCGGAGCGGCGGGUGUGGUUGCAGCAGCUUGCGCUGGUGGACGCCACCGCCACGGUCCGCUGCGAAGCGGCGAACACCUUGAUAGACCUCUUCCUCGACGAACGCCAUGACGCCGCCGUGUACUGGCCGCUUGGCGUACAGGAGAAGCUGAGCGACUUCAAGAAGCAGCUCGCCGUCUACGUGAAACGGCGUCAAGAGCUGGGCAAGGAGACAAAGCGGCUCUACCACGUCUCGACGGAGACGCCGGAUGCGGACCAGUGGUCGGAGGUGCUGGAGAACCUCUGCGGGUUCAUCGACUACAAGGCACAGCACAAGUAG